AUGGCGGAAAGGGGAGCGAAUAAACAGGUUCCCUUUGAAGAAUGGCAAAUUUCCGGUAGCAACUCGAAGGAUGAUGUCGUUCCCAAAGAAAACGAGAAACAAAAAAAACAUACUAAAUCAAAUAAGAUUAAGGCGCACAGUCAUAAAAGUUUACAAAAGCAUUCCAAAAAUUUGGAAAAAACACCAAACAAAAAGUUGAACACAUUUAAUGUAAAAUGUCAGGCUGAUAAUCAAACUAGUUAUUGGCAAGAGGAGCUGAAUCAACUGAACGAUUUGGAAUCUUCUGUCAAUGAAAAAAAUCUAACGGAACUUCGAUCUAAGACGCGUAAGAAUGAAAAAUCUCGAACAAGAAUUGAUGAGAUAGAAGCAAGUGAUUGUCAAGUAACAAGAGAAGGAAGCAAAAAACGAAAAUUGAAUAACGCCGGCAAGCGCCCAAAAGUGGAAUUCAAUCUACCAGCGAGUGAAAUAGAAAAUAUACCAAGUGACGAUAAAUUUGGUAGACAAAGUUUAACUAACGAUAUUAUAAUGAUAAGCGAUCCCCUCUUUGGCGAUAAAAAGCAUGUAGAAAAAGAAAAGCAAAAGCUUUAUAAAGCUUUCAAGAGACUAAAUUUUGAAAAGUUGAAAAAAAAAUUGCGGAAAGAUAAUCAGAUGAUCAAAAACAAACUAGAAACAAUAAGAAGUAAGUCAGUUUUGUGCGAAACUGUUGGCUUCAAUGAAAAUAAUGGACAGGCUAUUGAAAAUGAAAAGAACACUUUCAACAAAAAUGAAACAAAGAUCAAGUCCGAUCUGGCUGAUUUGCAAAAAACAAACAACGCUAAUUUGAUCCCUGAUUCCUUAUCUGUCAGAAACGCUGCCGCCUUUUUUGACUGUUUCCCGUGCUUUUCAGGCUUAAGAGAAGUUUGUACUCCGUCGAAAAAAUGUGACUGCAGAGACGCUGGUUUCCAAGUUCCUUACGGAUGUUGUGGCGGGAAAAGUGGUUGUGGCAAUAACAUCAUAUUUGGUAGUGAUAGAUUUGGUAACGAAUCAGGUGGGGGUAAUUCCUUUUAUGUACCUGGUCGUGGAAACGGAAACAGUGCAAAGUCCAAAUGGGAACCCAGCAGUAAUGGCUACGGAUUUGGUGGCUGUGGUUACGGCUAUGGUUACGGCUAUGGCUUGGAUAGCGGCAGACCUAGCAAUGGAUUUGGUUACGUUGCAAACAGGCCUGGUCUCAUUAGUAAUCGUGAUAUUUACUGUUCACCUGCUCGUAGUUCACCGUUCUUUUCCUUUUCUGACUCAUCUUCCCCGUUUUUGAAAUCUAACUUACCACACCCUCGUUUGUUUCGUUCGUCUCGAUCUCCAGCUAGUUCACGUGGAGGUUGUUCGUCUCGAGGCUUCCGAGAAGAAUGUUUUCCAACAAGAUCAAUUUCAUGCCGUAAUACAAAAGAUUAUUCCUCGCGUGAACAGCCAGGUUCCAGCUUCAUAGAUCUCUACACACGAACAUUAGCAAGGGCGUGGAAAAACUUAGAGGAUUUACUUUUUGAUCCUGCUUUUCGUUUGAUGUGUAACGACAGUUACAACACAUACGAUCGCAGAACUGCUGACUACCAAAACUGUGAUUGUCAAAACCCUGAUUGUGAAUAUGGCCCAAAUAUAGGUUCUGAUGGUGGUGCUGGAAGUUGUCCUUCAGGAUGUUCAUGCGGAUAUGGAUACAACAACAACCUUCCUUCAUCUACCGGUCGCCUUCCAAAGGGCGAUGAUUUCACCGGGAUGUAUUCGGACAACGAAUAUAACGAUGACAAAGAAUUGGUUUUUUAUGACCGACUGUUGAAUUAUUUGUCGAGUUAUCAUACAGGCUCUAAUGAUCAAGCUUCUUCGCCGGCACUCUUCAGAUAUCUCGUUGAUUCAUGUAAAUUUGUCAAUUCUUUAAAAAGGUUGUCCAGCCUCUCUUGA